UUAGGUCAUCCACGGCGCAUACCUCCUGAUUUAUUUCCAAUACAUUUUUAAUUAUUGCAAAUUAUCCUUGAAAUAUGUGGAUUUUACAGUGUUCUCCUGCACCCUGUCGCCAUUGGCGCCUCCACCUUUUGUGAUUGAGGUUAUUGUGUGGGAAAAUGCGUAAUAUCUUUGAAAUUUCUAAUCGUAAUCGAUUUUUUGGGCAUGGGCAUUGUUUUUCUGUGUUAAACUUGAGACAGCGCAGUGGGUUUAAUUUUUUAUGAAAACCAUUCCGCAAACAUCAAAGAAUGAUCGGAAGAGUCCAACUGGUUCUUUUGUUCAUCAGCGUCUGGGCUAACACCAUACCCAGUUGAAAAAACGGUUCUGAUAGUCUACUAGCUAAAUAGCCUACAAAGCAAAAGGAUCAGAUCAUUGAGUAAAUAGAUCAGUUGGGUGGUCGGUACAGUUGGUCAGUGGCACGAGGUACCGGUUGUUUUUACAGCUUGAAUAUAUUAGCUUUAGCUUGGGCUCAAAACAUUUGGUUUACCAAAAACAUCCCGCAUGAAGAUUUCGCUUUAUAAACGCAGUCGGUGACUCGGUGCAAUUGCCUACUUAUACCCCAGCGUUUGCGUGACAUCAUUGUGAAUGUGGGCAGUCUCGUAUGUCUUUGCUGCUUUUUGAGGGGAAAGUUCUGAGGCACUGUAAGUUUUGGAGACGCAAAACAGCAACGUCGCUUCUCCUGCAGCCUACUUAAAGCGAAACCGCAUCUCCCCGAGAAACCAAGAACAAAACAAGACAAAGAAAAAGUAAAAGAAAAGCAGUAGUUGUUCCUGCUGUCAUGUUGGGCAGAGGCAAGACAGCAAGCCCCGCGCAGAAGAAUAAGGCACAGACGGCAGAAUCAAAGCCACACGACCCCUUGAGGAAUUUAGGUGUGCUGGAAGAUGAGGACGUGCGGGUGAUGCUGCAGGGCUCCAGCAUGGUGAAGGUGCGCUCCCCGCGCUGGCAGAAGAGGCGUGGCCUGCGGCUGCUGGAGGACGGGGUCACCGUCUGGUGCGAGUCCAGCAAGAGCUCCCGCAGGGCCAAGGCCCAGAUGAGCUUCUCGGUGACGGACGUGGAGUGCGUGCGCGAGGGCUGCCAGUCGGAGGCUCUGCGGAAGCUGGCCGGCUCCCUGCCCGAGAGCCAGUGCUUCACCCUGGUGUUCAAGGGCGGCCGGAAGAGCCUGGACCUGCGCUGCCCCACCGAGCAGGAGGCCCAGAGCUGGGUCCGCGGCAUCCGCACCCUGCAGGAGAGGGUCUCCAACAUGUCCCAGAAGGAGAAGCUCGACCACUGGAUCCGCAGCUACCUGAAACGGGCGGACCAGAACCAGGACGGGAAGAUGAGCUACGAGGAGGUGAAGCGCCUGCUCCAGAUGAUCAACAUCAACCUGAACGAGCAGUACGCCCGCACCCUAUUCAAGAAGUGCGACCGCUCAGCCGACGGGCGCCUGGACCACGUGGAGAUCGAGGAGUUCUGCCGGGAGCUGCUUCGCCGGCCGGAGCUGGACAUGGUGUUCCAGCGCCACUCGGGCAACGGCUGCGUCAUGUCCGCCCUGGAGCUGCGCGACUUCCUGCGGGAGCAGGGCGAGGACUCCUCGCUCGUCCACGCUCUGAGCCUCAUCCUCACCUACGAGCUCAACGAGUGGGCCCAGAAGAAUCAGUUCAUGACGCCGAACGGCUUCACCAUGUACAUGCUGUCGCGGGAGAACGACGUGCUGAACCCCGAUCACGCCGACGUGUACCAGGACAUGACCCAGCCCAUGGCUCACUAUUACAUCUCCUCCUCACACAACACCUACCUCACCAAGGACCAGCUGACCAGCACUAGCAGCACGGAGCCCUACAUCAGAGCGCUGAAUCAGGGCUGCCGUUGCGUGGAGCUGGACUGCUGGGAUGGGGACAAGGGAGAGCCGGUUAUCUACCAUGGCCACACCUUCACCUCCAAGGUGCUCUUCAGAGAGGUCAUUGAGACCAUUGCUGUGUACGCCUUCAAGGCCUCCCCAUACCCCCUGAUCCUGUCGCUGGAGAAUCACUGUUCAGUGGAGCAGCAGGAGGUGAUGGCCAGACACCUGUGUACCAUUCUGGGGGACAAACUGCUUACCCAGCCCCUUAAUGGCCAGCCACUGAAGAACCUGCCAUCUCCAGAGGAGCUGAAGUGGAAGAUCUUGGUGAAGGGGAAGAAGGAAAGCGUGCGGACAGGGAAGACGGACUGCUCUUCCAGCUCGAGCUCCAGCUCAGAAGAUGAGGCCGGAGGAGGCAACAAGAACAGAGCCAAGAAGGACCCUGGGAAGGCUGCGUCGUCCAAGCUGAGCCCGGAGCUGUCCGACCUGGUCGUGUACUGCCGCGCCGUGCCGUUCCAAAGCUUCGAACACGCCGCCAAGAAGUCCCCCGCUCAGAUGUCGUCCUUCUCCGAGAGCGAAGCCCUCAGGCUCAUCAAGGAAUCGGGAAAACAGUUCGUCUGCUACAACAGCAGGCAGUUCAGUAGGAUUUAUCCAUCCGGUCAGCGCCUGCAAUCCUCCAAUUACAACCCGCAGGACAUGUGGAAUGGUGGCUGCCAGAUAGUGGCCCUGAAUUUCCAGACCCCGGGCGAGCAGAUGGACCUGAACCAGGGCCGCUUCCUGACCAACGGCGGCUGCGGCUACGUCCUGAAGCCCGGCUUCCUGCGGAGCCCCGACUCCGACUUCAACCCCGAGAACCCAGCCGGCGGCCCCGGACACAUCCCUACCCUGCUCACCCUCCGGGUGAUAUCGGCCCAGCAGCUCCCCAAGCUGGACACAGAGAAGCCCAAAUCCAUUGUGGACCCUCAGGUCACAGUGGAGAUUCAUGGAGUCCCUAUCGAUAACGCUCGUGAAAAAACCCAGCGCAUCGACAACAAUGGCUUCAACCCCCGCUGGGACUGUACCCUGCACUUCCAGCUGCAGGUUCCAGAGCUGGCCCUGGUGCGCUUUGUGGUGGAGGACCACGACUACACCUCUAAGAACGACUUUGUGGGCCAGUUCACCCUGCCCUUCUUCAGCAUGCGUACAGGUUACCGGCAUGUCCACCUGCUGAAAGCCGACGGCUCCAGCCUGUCCCCCGCCACGCUCUUCAUCCACAUCAAGGUGACCCGCAAGAACAGUCCGGUCAAGAUGGCGCCCCCUCCCCGUCACUGACCUGCUCCUGUGCUCCCCUGACCUGCCGACCCUGGUGGUCACAAAGAAGACAGCAGGGUGGCCUGCUUUGUCCACUUCCCCAUUGAGCCCUUUAGAACCAGAUAUGCGGGAGGACCUUCGUUUGCGAGAAGGGAAUGCUACUUCACACAGCGCGAGCCAGAGCUGACCACCUGUGUGCCCAGAAUGCUUUGCCUGUUGACCCAUAGAUUUAUCCAAGUUACUCACACUAAAUCUAUUGGUUUAGCCAGGACUUACUGUGCUGGGAUGUGAACCUGCUAACUGUGUGGUUCCAGGUGUGUUGUAUUUGAGAACUGGACCAAAAGCUGUACACCUAGUUGCCCUGACAAUCAUUUCUCUCAGGCCAAUGGGUCUGAUUUUAAAAAUGCCUAUUUUAACGGCUGUAAUCUUUAACAAAAUAUAGAUCACUAUGUGGUCCGCUCCUCAGACCUUGAACCCUCAGGCAAGCAGCAAUUAUCAACUCUUAUGGAGCCCCCUGAUAAGCAGUAGGAAGUGAUGCAAUCAGGAGAUGGUUGUACCUCCGCAUAGUACAUAUCUGUCCUUCACCCUUAUUGAACCCUCUUACUCCAUGUCUGCGUGGACUGGCUAAACACACAACAGCGGAGACACGUGUGUUCCUGACUAAACAAAGACGAGAACACGUCCAGGACAUUUCAAGACCAGUUUUGGUCAUUUAAAUAGCUUUGUAUGAAGAUACUGACAUAGACAUAGCAGUGUAGUUGUUAGAUAUGUUAGAAAUGUUACAGCAAUAGGUGUUACAGAUCAUAAACAGUUGAAAUAAUUCUGACAAGUCUUAGGUAUAGCCAUUAUCUAUAUCGUUCAUUUUCAAAGUAUUUAAAAGAUGAUAUUGCACUGUAUGUGCAUAUAUGUGUCAUAUGAACUUGAGGUUGUUGGAUUAGACAAUGACUGAGAUUGCUCUGAAUUCUCUCAGCACACCUCUAAAUUCUCUUUCUCAUCACAAAUGUUGCGUAGCAGUGAGAGGCGGUAGGGCGUAACAAGAGUCAUUUCGAAAUACGCCCAUUAGCUUCUGUUGCAGGAACUAGCGAUAGGAAUGCUUGCAGUAUUUUUUCCACAUGCUCACAGGUUUCAAUGUUUAGGAAGAGAAACUUGGAGACUUGGAGCUUAGAAAUUUCUAUUUGCCUUCACCCCAAGAUAAUCUUUCUUAGACAUCUUAAAAAUCCGUCCUUUAUUUUUCCAGUAUUGAUCAUAGUGCCUCUUAGGAAAAAAGUAUGGAUACAGUCUAUGACUUUUUUAUUUUUUUUAAAUGUUUGUAAAUAAUAUAUUAGAGUUCAAAUUUUUACCACAUCAACAUCACACAUUCUAUAGCAUAUUUAUUAACUCAAAUUGUAUUGAAUAACAUUUUUUAAUGUAUGACUUCAUCAUAUGGAUCUGUGUAAAUGUGACCAUUAUUGAAUUACUGCUAAUUAUAAUGCACUAAUCUGAUUCGCUAGCAGAGCCUUUAGUUAGUGUUACAGAGUUAAGGUCAAGAGAUAAGUAUGACUGUAUUCCUCUAAUAUUAUUAUCUAAUUUUCUCCUUAUUUGUGAUUUGAACUUCAGUGUAUUAGCCAAAGCCCUAACUGCCCUGCAUAUGUAAAACAUUCUUACAUAUAUACAUUUACUUAUAUACAUUUGUAACAUUAUGAAAAUGUUGCACUUCUUGAAUAGUUCAGUAUAACUGUUAUAUAUACAGUAACUUACUGAAUAUUCUGUGUCAGCCCAAUAAGGUACCAGGGCAAUGAACAGUGCUGGGAAUAUCCCUUUACUGAGAUGAGUAUUAUUCUGAUGUGUUCCACUGGCCUGAGGUCAGUAAUGCUUUAAAAUUUUAAUUUUAUUUCAUUUUUAUAUCAAAUGUUUUCUACACACAUAUUAACGUUAAGUGUUUGUUAGUGACUCUUUUGCUUUUUGUAGUAGUUAUUAAUGAUUUUUGCAUGCACUAUAUACAAACAGAAGUGACUACAAUAAGCAUUUUGGCUGAGCUGUCAGCCAGACACUUGAGAUCUGAAGUGUUUUAAGAAGAAAAACUGAAAACUGGACUUCCUCAUGUGUGUUUUCAUCUCAAGCUUAUUCACAGCUGCUACUGUCAUGCCCAUGUCUGUGCCAUAUUUGGCUAUUUACGUUCAUAUGUGCCAAUUAUUAUUUUCAUUUCAAUCCUGUUUCUCUUAGUUCAUCCUUGUGUCCUAAUUGUGAUUGAAGCGCUUUCAUAUAUAUCAUCUUUCAUGGUACUUUUAUAAUGUCAUUGAUUCAAGACGAAGCAGCGUUUGCCAUGGAUGCACUGCCGUGCUGUUCAGUCUGUGGAUGUUGUCAUGAGCUUGAGCUGGCCUCGGCAGUAGUUUAAUGGACUGGUCCUUUCUGUUGACCUGCUUUGUAGGCUGUGGAAACCUUAUGGAGCCUGUUCUUUGGGAUUGUCUGGGCCUCGUCCCUGCUUGGAUACCAUUCCAGAUACCCGGCAAUACUGGGCUCAAAAGCACUUUGUUCCACAGGAGUAUGAGAAGGAUAUGACUGUGCUUGAUGUUAGGAAACAUGAUUGCAAGGGAGUCAAAAUGGGUGCAAUAUUUAUUUAGUUUUUUAAUGCUUUUAAUUCCUGAAAUAAUCAAAAUAGAAAAAAGGUUAUCUUUGAAGCUGUAAGUACAUGAACUGUGUUUAUUAUUUAAGGUGUCUUGAAGGAUUGUCAUAACCAAAGCAGACAGACAUGGGGGGAAAGCAUGCUUUAAAUCAAUAAAAAUGUGUUUUAAAUGCAUAAA